UGCCCAUACCAAUAACUAUCAACAACCAAGUUGUACCAUAUGCUAAUGAUGCCAAACUAGAUGGCUAUAGUAUUGACCAAUAGAAAAAAAAAACAAAAAAAAACGUGUGCUCUACACAUCAUUACAUCAGUUCGUGAAAUUUCAAAUUUUAAAUUUCAAGCUCGCAUGGUUCUUCAAAGUUUAAAAGGUGAAAUAGUUAUGGUUAUGUCGCCACCAGCACUUCGUUCGAAAAAGAUAAGGCUGUAUCAUCACCUGCCCAGCAGCGUAAUCAUACCAAACAACAGAGAGGGCAGACCAGCCGGCCUCCCUCCUCUUCGUCUUGCUCGUCGACUGCUGACGCCGGCUCUGUUGCCAUGGCGACGCAAAACCAAGCUACCAAAGCUCUCGAAGCACUUCUACGCAGCGACGAUUUUUACGAUCGUUUCGCUGCAAGAAUCGAGGAUCGGCUCCGCGACAACCUAUGUGAGACGGUCGGCGCUGCGUUGGAGACCAGGCUUUAGGAUACUGUCAAGACAAUCAACGAUCUGUCGCAGGAGAAUGCAGCACUGAAGAAACAAGUGAAGCAGCUACAACAAUUUGACAGUCGUUUGGAUGGCCUGGCCCAGUACCAGCGGCGCAACAACGUGCGGCUGUCUGGCGUGCCGGAGUUGG